AUGUCCCAACCCAAGUUUCAAGAUCACUCUUUGUUUCAGGACAAGGCGUUCGUGAAUGGUCAGUGGGUUAGCGCAUCGUCUGGGCAGACGUUCUCUGUACAUGAUCCUGCUACAGGCGCCAUUAUUGGCACAUGCCCCGAGUUCAGUGGGACUGAUGUCGAAACAACAAUCCAAGCUGCUGCCCUAGCUCAGGAACAGUUCCAGUUCUCCGACACGAGGAACCGUGCAGCCAUCCUAGUGAAAUGGGCGCAGCUGAUGCGCGAGAAUCGUGAAGACCUCGCAAAGCUCCUUGUCUGGGAAAAUGGCAAGCCGCUGCCAGAGGCACGUGGGGAGAUCGAGUACGCUGCUUCGUUUUUAGACUGGUUUGCUGGAGAGGCUAUCCGCUCAUAUGGAGACGUGAUACAACCCGGCAACCCGGUCAACCGGGCUGUGACAAUAAGACAACCUGUGGGCGUCUGUGCACUCAUAACGCCAUGGAACUUCCCUGCUGCGAUGGUGACGCGGAAAGCGGGAGCGGCCAUAGCAGCCGGAUGCGCCGUUGUGCUCAAGGCACCGGCGGAAACGCCACUCAGCGCUCUUGCUUUGGCUGAGUUGAGCCUCAGGGCAGGGAUUCCUAAGGGAGUCUUCAACGUCGUCACGACCCAGCAUAAGACCCCUGAAGUUGGGAAGAUACUGACCAACAGCUCUAUCGUGCGCAAGAUCUCGUUUACGGGUUCUACAAGGGUGGGCAGGCUACUGAUGAACCAAUCUUCGUCAACACUGAAGAAACUAUCGAUGGAAUUAGGGGGCCUCGCCCCUUUCAUUGUGUUUGAAGACGCUGAUAUAGAUGAAGCUGUCAAAGGCGCCAUCAACUGCAAGUUUCGGGGUUCGGGGCAAACCUGUGUCUGUGCAAACUUCUUUCUGGUUCACAAGACAAUCUAUGAGGCGUUCACUGCGAAGUUCAUUGGUCGAGUGAAAAAGUUUCGCCCUGGUAAUGGGUUUGAUGCGGCUACUACUCAUGGACCUCUUAUCCACGAGGCCGCUGUUGCAAAGGUCAUGUCUCACGUUGAGGAUGCUAAAUCCAAAGGUGGUUUGGUAGCUGUGGGUGGAAACCCUAUGCCGGAACUUGGAAGCAAUUUUUUCCAACCCACGGUGAUAGUGAAUGCAAACAGCGACAUGAUAUUCACACAUGAGGAGACGUUCGGCCCUCUUGCCGGAUUUAUUGCGUUCUCGGACGAACCAGAGGCCAUCAAUAUUGUUAACCGUGCAGAUGUCGGUCUCGCGGGUUACUUCUUCAGCAAGGAUGUUGAACGAUGCUGGAGGGUUGCCGAAAGGCUUGCUGUUGGAAUGGUUGGCGUCAAUACUGGAAUGAUCAGCGAUCCGGCCACCCCAUUCGGUGGCAUUAAGCAGAGUGGUUUCGGCCGAGAAGGAAGCAAAUAUGCGCUUGAUGAAUACACUGUGAUUAAGACAAUAACUUUUGCAACUGGGACUCGUACCUGA